UUUUUUAAAUAAUUCCCUUUUCUCAAAACCAAUUUGUAUUUUAUUCUCAGAAGUGCAGGAAGUUUCACACAUCUUAAACAGCAACAUGCAGCUUCCAGUCUGCAGACUUCAGUCUGAGGUGUCAAAAGCGCUGGGUAACUGCAUGGGAGCACUGUAGAGUAGUCCAUGCUGAUAACACACUCAUGCUUUAUGCAGUUGAUUUCUUCUUGGGACUCGGUUUUGCAUAUUUGCUAGCUAGUAACCAUCAGAAGUAAAUGGAUUCACAGUGAGGAGAAUUAUUUUAAUGAGGAAAAGUAGUAAACCAGUUUCCUAAAUGCAGCAUUUUAAAAAAUAUUAGAUGCCAGCAUGCUUACAUGUUGGGUAUGAAAGAAUUGCUUGAUACAGAAGACUUCGCAGGUGAACCACUUAUCUACAGUCAGUAGCACAUAGGAGAUGAAGAAUGAUGUCGAGACUAUUGUGUGCAUUAUCCCCCAAAUGGAGGGGUUUUGUGUAAUGUGCUGAUGUGUAUGUUUUAACCAAGUUCAGGAGAAUAACAGGAGAAAAAAAAUACUUAGUAAUUUAAGAAUCCUGUAUAGCUGAGGGGAGUUAUUUAAGGAUUAAGUCCAUUAGUGAGUAGCAAUCGGAUUAUAAUCUGCAAGCCGUUUGCUUCAGGUGGACAAAAAGUCUAAAGUAGAUUAAUAGUGAACAAACCUAACAGCUUGAAACUGUAAGUACUGUAUGGUGAAUUGUUGGCCUACUUGGUUAAAGCUUUUUAAACCUAUCUAAAGUGGUAGGUAACAUGGUACAAAAGAAAGCUCAAAAUAAAUCCAAAGUUGGACCAUUACCAAGCAGUCUGUGACCAAGAACCAUUUUUGUUCUCAGUCUCUGCUUUCAGGUUGUUUUGGGGUUUUUGUAAUAUGGUCUAUGAUAUAUUCAUCACUGCAUUAAUAGUUUCCUGUUUUUCCCACUCAAACUCUCCACUUUCUGUAGAGAGUUGUGCACAAUCUGUCAGGUGUAUUAUGGGGUUUAGCUUUCUCUUCAGCAUCAGGCGCAGGACCAGCAAUUGCUGAGGGUAGAGGACUGGAUUCAACUUUCAACCUGCCAUCACAUCUGACAUGAGGUGUUUUGCAGUGUGAGGAUAGAGGAGGUGCUACUGUGGGCAUGUAGUGACUUAUUAUUCCUAAAUCUGUUUCCCAUUAAAACAUCUCUAAUGCAUGACAUGUGGGUGAACUAGUAGUUAUUUUCUGACACUCAGCAGAAUUGCUCCGGUUCAUUUUUUGUGAUUAAGAUAAGUCAGAAUAGCCUCUAAACUUCAACUUUUCAUAUUAAUCUACUUUUUUUUUUUUUAUGGAAAUGGUGUCUCAUUUAAAAUGUGUCUCAGAAAUUUCAGUCACCUAAACAUUUCAUGUUUUUGAAGUAAUGAUAUAACAAUUUUAGCUGCUUUUGGAAAUAAUUUAGCAUUCAAACUGAAAUGUGUAUGUCAAAUUUCAGCUUUAAGCAAAACCCCGCUGGCAAAACUCUAAGAGUUGAAGGAAAAUAGCUGUAUUUUAGUAAUGGAAAUAUCAACUCAACCUUAACGGUUCAUGACAUGGAUAUAUUAAUGGAUUUAUAAUUCAUACGAGAUUAGAGACGGUAUCUAUAGCUAGGUACUUCAUAUUCAGAGUUUAACAAAAUGGUUUUCUUCUAUUGAAUGAACAAUCAGUUCAAAAUAUGCAUUCCUUAAAUGAUGACUUAGGAGUCAAGUUCGUUAAAUGAGAAUAUACACUGUAUACCUUGGAGAUUUAUGUUGUUUGCUCUUUUUCUCUUAGGAAGCCUGACAAAUAGGAAAAUACUACAAAGUGAAGAGAAAAUUCACUUCAUGAGAACAGAGCUCUGCUUUCAUUGGCUUUUAAAUUUUAUUUGUAUUAAUAACUGAUUAGUGUCAGAUCAUCUCUGUAGUCUACUGUGGUAAAAUUAUUAGGUUAAAGCUGGAAAAAAUGAAACAAUUAAAAAGAAAAAGAAAAAGCAAUUUUAGUGUUCAGGAAACUCAAACUCUCCUUAAAGAAAUCAGAAAAAGGAGAGAAGUACUCUUUUCAAAGCAACUUAAUACAACAAUUAAUGAGAUGAAACGGAAAGCUUGGGAGGAAAUAGCAGAGUGUGUAAAUGCUGUAGGUGAAGGAGAGCAAAGAACAGGGACAGAAGUGAAAAGGCGAUACCUUGACUGGAGAGCACUCAUGAAGAGAAAACGUCUGAAUGCAAACAUCAAAGUAGUAGGUGCUGGGUUUCACCUUCCUUCAUCCAAUUUAGAUGACUCUCUCAAUGAAGACAUGGAUGAGAAAAUGGGAUUUGCAAUUGAAUCUAGUUUUGAAUGGCAAAAUAUCACUGACUUCAGAGAAGCCGGUGGAUCUUUAACAGAAAUCAAAGUAGAAGAGGAAGAGGAGGAUCCGCAGAAUUUUGAAUUUCCUAUUGAGGAAGAAGAAGAAAUUUUGUCAUCAGUUUUGCCAGAUUCGAAAAAAGAAAAUGACCUACCAGACUUCCCCCACAUUGAAGAGUUUGGAAAUCUAAGCUCUGCUCAAGCUAGGCUAGCCUAUGAAGAUUCUCACUUGCUUAUAAAUCUGGAGAAGCAGAAGGUGGAGCUGGAGAAGCAGCGACUAGACAUUGAAGCUGAAAGGUUGCAAGUGGAGAAAGAGCGCCUGCAAAUUGAAAAAGAACGGUUGCGGCAUGUUGACUUGGAGCGUGAGAGACUUCAGAUUGAGAAGGAGCGACUUCAGAUUGAAUGGGAGAAACUCAGGCUAGAGACUCUGCAUGCUGAAAAACCUGCCCUGGAAAAUGACCUCACCCAAACAGAAAAACCCAUCAUGCAGCCUCUAGAUCUGGAAACUGAGAAGUUAAAACUUGAAAAAGAACGUUUGCAGUUAGAGAAAGAGAGGCUGCAGUUCCUAAAGUUUGAGUCAGAGAAGCUGCAGAUUGAGAAGGAACGCUUGCAAGUGGAGAAGGAGCGCCUUCGAAUUCAGAGAGAGGGUCACUUGCAGUGAACUUCUUGACUGAAGUGUCAACGUUAGUGUUUUGAUGUUUGUAAAAUAGAGGUAGUUCUUUUCUUAAUACUGAAACUGUCCUAGAGGCUUAACAUUAUUCUGUUCAGAGUUGAAUGUUGAUGUUAAACUGAAAAAG